AUGCCGGGAGGAUUGGUGUACCGUUGGCACUGCAGGUGAAGCUGAGCUGACUACGCGGCCAGGAGCGCUUGUGAAGUGGUGCCUGUGGUGGCUAGAUUCCUGCUCUGCCUGGAUAUCAGUUGAAAUGAGCAGUCGUAAAUCAAAGAGUAACAACUUAAUACAUGCAGAGGUCCUUUCACAGGUACAAAGAGUUUUACGGGAAAGAUUUUGUCAUCAAAGCCCACAUAGUAAUUUAUUUGGAGUACAAGUACAAUACAAACACUUAAUUGAGCUGCUAAAAAGAACUGCUAUCCAUGGAGAAAGUAACUCUGUUCUCAUUGUUGGACCCCGAGGAUCAGGAAAGACGAUGUUAAUAAACCAUGCUUUGAAAGAACUAAUGGAAAUAGAAGAAGUGAGUGAAAAUGUAUUACAAGUUCACCUAAAUGGACUGCUGCAGAUCAAUGACAAAAUUGCCCUAAAGGAAAUCACAAGGCAGUUAAAUCUGGAAAAUGUAGUUGGAGAUAAAGUUUUUGGAAGUUUUGCUGAAAACCUUUCAUUUCUUCUGGAAGCUUUAAAAAAAGGUGACAGGUCUAGUAGUUGCCCAGUGAUCUUCAUAUUAGAUGAAUUUGAUCUUUUUGCUCAUCAUAAAAACCAAACACUCCUCUAUAAUCUUUUUGACAUUUCUCAGUCUGCACAGACUCCAGUAGCAGUUAUUGGUCUUACAUGUAGAUUGGAUAUUUUGGAACUCUUAGAAAAACGAGUGAAGUCACGAUUUUCUCACCGGCAGAUACAUUUAAUGAAUUCAUUUGGUUUUCCACAGUAUCUUAAAAUAUUUAAAGAACAAUUAUCUCUACGUACAGAAUUUCCAGACAAGCUCUUCACUAAGAAGUGGAAUGAGAGCAUUCAGUGUCUCACAGAAGAUAGAAGUGUACGAGAAGUACUACAAAAGCAUUUCAAUGUCAGCAAAAACCUGCGGUCGUUACACAUGCUAUUGAUGCUUGCUUUAAGUCGUGUAACCACAUCACACCCGUUUAUGACUGCAGCAGACCUGAUGGAGGCACAGCAGUUCUGUAGCAUGGACUCUAAAGCAAAUAUCGUACAUGGUCUGUCAGUCUUGGAAAUCUGUCUUAUAAUAGCAAUGAAACAUUUAAAUGACAUCUAUGAAGAGGAACCCUUUAAUUUUCAAAUGGUCUAUAAUGAGUUUCAGAAGUUUGUUCAAAGGAAGGCCCAUUCUGUUUAUAAUUUUGAGAAACCUGUUGUCAUGAAGGCUUUUGAACACUUACAACAAUUAGAGUUAAUAAGGCCCAUGGAAAGAACUUCAGUAAAUACACAGAGAGAGUACCAGCUGAUGAAACUACUUUUGGAUAAUACUCAAAUUAUGAAUGCUUUGCAGAAAUACCCCAACUGUCCUACAGAUGUUAGGCAGUGGGCAACAUCCUCACUAAGCUGGUUAUGAAUAUGACCAGGGCUUCAGUUACGGAGUUUCAGGCAUACUUCUCUAAGGAACUAAAAGCUAUUGUCCUUUAAUAAGAUAUGUUAUUACAUUUUUUAUAUUUAUAAAAUUGUAUUUUUGUAUUUAUCAGAAACUGUUAUACAUAUAUAGGUAUUGGCUAUGUCUUGCCUUUGAAUCAUGAACAGUUACAUGAUUUAUAAUUCCAGUGAUUUAGAUUAUAUUGUAAGAGUUCAAAGAAAUAAAUGUGACUGUUUUAGGAAACGAA